AAUAAAAUAAAUAAAUACUCAGCUUCUGUAGUAAGCAGUGUGUUCCGGUAUUAAUAGGUCUCACCCAGGUGACUCAGAUAGUCCUGGGUAUUUAAGAGCUAGAACAAAAGAGGUUCACACUGUAUUUAUUUGCACCAGCGCCUGCAGAGGAUAUAUCAGAUCUCCACCAAAGGAACAGCAAAGAUGUGUUUUGGCAAAUGUGGAAAAUGCAUUGGCUCUCUUCUUCUUUCUCUGGCAUUGAUGUCCAUUGUGGCUAACAUCUUGUUAUAUUUCCCCAAUGGAGAAACCAAGUACGCAAGAGAAAACAACCUGUCUAGAUAUGUCUGGUUUUUCGAAGGUAUCGCAGGAGCUGGACUGCUUAUGCUGAUUCCCGCAUUUGUGUGUCUCGGGCUGGAAGACGAGGACUGCUGUGGAUGUUGCGGCAAUAGGACCUGUGGGAGAAGCUGUGCAAUGCUGGGAUCUGUUGUGGCUGCAUUAAUUGGAAUUGUUGGUGCUGGUUAUUGUCUCAUAAUUUCCGCACUGGGCUUAGCAGAAGGACCAUACUGUCUUAAUAGAAGUGAUAACCAGUGGACCUAUCCAUUUGCAGACUCUAAUGCAAACUAUUUGACUGACCACUCAACUUGGUCCCAGUGUGUAGAACCAAAAAAUGUUGUUGUGUGGAACGUCACCCUCUUCUCCAUCCUAUUGGGUUUGUCUGGACUCGAAAUCAUCUUAUGCUUAAUUCAGGUCAUCAAUGGGUUAAUUGGAGGCAUAUGUGGAGCUUGUUGCUGUCAAGAAAAAUCCCAGCAAUAUGUUUGCUGAUAAAGUUUCCUGGAAUACGUGGCCAUGAAGAAACGCACUGUAUUUUUGCUAUAAAACUUGUAUAUGUGAUUGUACAGAAUUAUGUAUUUAAUGUCUUUGCUUAAUGAAUAUGUAAUAAAUGUGACUUUUUAUACUGAGAUUUUUCAAAGUGGAUGAUAAUAAAGUUGAAGCAGAAAAUGUGUUGGGGUUCGCUUUAUUAAAGAAAAACUGUAUAAACCCAUUGUAACAUGGUAUGAUGCUAAAACUAAACUAA